GAUGCUUAUGCUCGUAGACCGCCACCUAAUUAACCAGUCCCUGAUCCCAGAAAGACGAAGAGAUGGCCUCCUUCUCCAAGCAGGCGGCACUCUUCUUGCUGGCGGCGCUGCUGCUGUGCCUCCUCUGCACUAGAGGGCAAGCAGCAAGGCCUACACCAGGAUCCAGCCACCAACAAUCACAGGGUGCUGGCUCCGCCACCUCCCAUGAGAAGAGUGCUGCAGGAACCGGGAUGGAAAUGGAGCAGGUAGAUCAGGAGGCGAUGAGAGGAUGCGAGGGAGGGGAAGGAGCGGAGGAGUGCCUGAUGAGGAGGACCCUCGUCGCUCACACCGACUACAUCUACACCCAGGGGAAACACAACUAGAUGCUGUGCUGAAAGCCUGAAACCGUUGGUGCUUACGAUGGACUCCGUGAACUGAAGGCCAUAUCUGGAUGAUCGCAUGGUUAAGCAGGCCCUACUUAAGAAAGGCAUUUUUCAUGAGCUCGUCGGUCUGUUCUGCAGUCCCAUGCACCGUCUGUGAAUUACAGCUAUAGUCACCUCUUUGUAUUUUCCGCGUUUCGUUGUUUUCAGGUCAUGUAUCUGUUCUGGACUCGAACUUUUAUCAUCAUGUAUAUAUUUAUUGAAUAUAUUAUCUCUCUUUAUCUAUA